AUGCGCGCAUCAUUCCUCACCCUCGCGGCCUUUCCCCUCUCCAUCCUCGCCAACAUCCUCCCCUUCACCCCGCCGCAUCUCCUCCCCCGAGUGGCCGCCGCCGCCUCGAAAGCUGACGAUGAACCCACCACCUUCAACGGCAAGACAGUCCCGCCCAUACCCAAACUCGGCGGCGACGACAUCGGCAGCACCAUCGCGCGAGGCUAUUGGCUGGUGGAGUACUUCAGCCCUUACUGCAGCCACUGUCAAGCCUUCGCUCCUACAUACCACACGGCGUACGAGUAUUAUUACACCCAGGAGCCCAUACCGCAGGCACCAGGAGCGGAUAGCGAUGCGCAGGAUCUGAAUAGCUUCUCGAGAUACUAUGACUUCCACUUCGCCGUGGUGGACUGCGUUACGAAUGGAGAUGCUUGCGCGAGCAGGAAGAUUGGGAGCUUUCCGACCAUGGUGCUGUACCAUGAUGGAGAGGUUGUGAAGAGCGUCACAGGGGCAAAAGAUCUGAAGUACGUUUCGAAGUGGGUGGAGGAGACACUGGAGACCAUCCGGCCAGGCUCGAGACCACAGGGCGGACCUACGCUUCCUGAGGUUGGCGCGGACCAUGCAGACCCCGUGGUGGUGAAUGUUCCCACGAACACGAAUGCACCCGCAGCCGCAACAGGAGUGAGCGAUGACACACGAUCCGUCCUUCCAGCUACACGUCUUUCGACCGGCUCGUCGGGUCCUCCGAACGUUAACGGUAAGAGUGUAGCGUUGACUGCGGAGAACUUCCAGCGCAUGGUCACGAUGACCCACGAUCCCUGGUUCAUUAAGUUCUACGCUCCGUGGUGUGGGCACUGCAAAGCCAUGGCGCCUAACUGGCAAGGCAUGGCGAGGCAGAUGAAAGACAAGCUGAACAUUGGCGAAGUGAACUGCGACGUCGAGAAGCGUUUGUGCAAGGACGUCAAAGUGCGCUCAUACCCAACAAUGCUCUUCUUCCGCGGAGGCGAAAGAAUAGAGUAUGAUGGUCUUCGCGGUUUGGGCGAUCUGAUCGACUACGCGAACAAGGCUGUUGCGGUCGGCGAGGGCGUGUUGGACGUGAACGCAGCCCAAUUCGAAGAACUGGAGGAGAAGGAGGAAGUCAUCUUUCUCUAUUUCUACGACCACGCCACCACCGCUGAAGACUUCGCCGCUCUUGAACGCCUAGUGAUGAGCUUGAUCGGGCACGCCAAGCUCGUCAAAACCAACGACCCUCUCCUCUGCGAGCGCUUCAAGAUCUCCACCUGGCCCCGCCUCCUCGUCUCCCGCGACGGCAAGCCGACCUACUACACCGGCCUCUCACCCCGCGACAUGCGCGACUACCGCCGCGUGCUCAACUGGAUGCAAUCCGUCUGGCUCCCCAUUGUCCCCGAGCUCACCGCUGCUAACGCCCGCGAAAUCAUGCACGGCCGUCUCGUCGUCCUCGGCAUCCUUUCCCGCGACCGCCCGGAAGAAUUCGUCGUCGCCAAGCGCGAGAUCAAAAACGCCGCGCUCGAAUGGAUCGACAAGCAAACGCAAGCUUUCCAACUCGAGCGCCAGGAGCUGCGAGACGCGAAACAACUCCGCAUCGAAGAAGCUGAAGACCGCAACGACCAGAAAGCGCUCCGGCAAGCGAAAGGCAUCAGGAUAAACAUGGACGACAUCCAGCGCAAAGAAGUCGGCUUCGCGUGGGUGGAUGGCGUGUUCUGGGAACGUUGGAUCCGCACCACCUUUGGAAUCUCGAUCAAGGACGGGGAGAAAGUCGUCGUCAAUGAUGAAGACAAUAAGCGCUAUUGGGACAACACGAUGACCGGCAACGCUAUGGUUCCGUCUCGAACGUCGAUUCUAGAGACCUUGCCGCGUAUUGUUGCGAACCCGCCGAAGAUUGCGCCGAAGAGUACGACGACUGCGCUCGGGCAUGUGUGGUGGAUUCUAAGGGGACAGUUGAUGGACCACCCGCUUAUCAGUGGGAUUGUCGGGUUGGUGAUGUUCAUUGCGCUGGCGCUUUGGGGACGGAAGGCUGUCGGGAGAGCUGGUGAGAGGGGGCAGGGCUACUUUAGGGUCGGGGAGAAGGGGCCGAUGGAUGGGCUGUUGGGGGGAAAUGUCGGCGGGCAGGGGAAGAAGGAUUGA